AUGCCCAAGGCCCGGCGGGCGCGGGGCUCCGGCCCGGCGCCGGCGCUGCCCUUGGCCGAGCAGAUCCUGCAGGACGCGGCCCCGCGGCUCCGGGCGCGGGAGAAGCGCGGGGCGGAGGAGCCGGGCGGCGAUGGCGGCCCCGGGGACGGGGACGGGUUCGUGGACGCGCGGCUGUCCCGGCGCAUCCUGGAGCAGGCGCGGCGGCAGCAGGAGGAGCUGGAGGCCGAGCACGGCCCCGGAGCGCCCGCGGCGCCCCGAAAGCGCAGCGCGGUUCUCGGUCCCGACCCGGACUCGGAGGAUGAUGAGGAGUGGCCUUCGCUGGAGAAGGCGGCGGCGGCCGCGGGACGGAGCGGGGACUACGGCGGGGAGGUGGAGGUGGACCCCGAGGACGAGAAAGCCAUCGAGAUGUUCAUGAACAAGAACCCACCCCUGAGGCGCACGCUGGCCGACAUCAUCAUGGAGAAGAUCACGGAGAAGCAGACGGAGGUGGAGACGGCGCUGUCGGAGAUCUCGGGCUGCCCCAUGCCCCAGCUUGACCCCCGUGUCCUGGAGGUCUACAGGGGUGUCAGGGAGGUGCUGUCCAAGUACAGGAGUGGGAAGCUCCCCAAGGCGUUCAAAAUCAUCCCUGCCUUGUCCAACUGGGAGCAGAUCCUCUACAUCACUGAGCCAGAGACGUGGACAGCGGCUGCCAUGUACCAGGCCACCAGGAUAUUUUCCUCCAACCUGAAGGAGAGGAUGGCCCAGAGGUUCUACAACCUGGUGCUGCUGCCGCGCAUCCGCGACGACAUCGCCGAGUACAAGCGGCUCAACUUCCACCUGUACAUGGCUCUGAAGAAGGCUCUGUUCAAACCAGCAGCCUGGUUCAAGGGGAUCCUCAUCCCCCUGUGUGAGUCUGGCACCUGCACGCUCAGGGAGGCCAUCAUCAUCGGCAGCAUCCUCAGCAAGUGCUCCAUCCCCGUGCUGCACUCCAGCGCGGCCCUGCUGAAGCUGGCAGAGAUGCAGUACAGCGGUGCCAACAGCAUCUUCCUGCGCCUGCUCAUCGACAAGAAGUACGCGCUGCCGUUCCGCGUGCUGGACGCGCUGGUGUUCCACUUCCUGGCCUUCCGCGCCGAGCGGCGCCCGCUGCCCGUGCUGUGGCACCAGAGCCUGCUGGCCCUGGCCCAGCGCUACAAGGAGGACCUGGCCUCGGAGCAGAAGGAGGCCCUGCUGGAGCUGCUCAAGUUCCACAGCCACCCCCAGAUCUCGGCCGAGAUCCGCCGCGAGCUGAUCAACUCCGGCACCAGGGACGUGGAGGGGGAGCGGGCGCCGGCCAUGGAGUGAGCGGGGAAGGGCUGGGACGCGGCUGGGAGCCCGGGGCAGGAGAGCCCUGCUGGGUGCUGCUGCUCUGAGCGGGCACUGGGACAGGCUGGGCCCUCAGAGCUGGACUGUGCUGCUGGCAGUGCCACCCAGGAGCCCGGGGACACCAGCACGGGGACCCUCUGGCU